AUGAAUUAUUCGGAUUACGACUCGGACGGCUAUUCCUCAAGUGAAGAUGAAGACUAUGUCCCUUCUGGAAAAACUGCAAUUUGGGCUAGUUUUUUGAGUGAUGUUGGCUCUCAACCCAAAGGAGCAGCUGCAAGUACGGGCUCUCAGCAGUCCACAUCUACAACUAGCAUAGAUAAGCCCAGUAAACCCCCUACAGUGUCUCAGCAGCAGGAGGACAAACCAAAAGAAUCCUCCAAAAUCACAAUUACCAAGGUGUUUGAUUUCGCAGGAGAAGAAGUUCGGGUCACCAAAGAGGUGGACUCCGACUCACGAGAGGCCAAGAGUUUUCUGAAGGAGGAGGAGGAGAAGGUGCUGAAGGAGAAAGAAGAGUCCUCUGAGCCACAGCCAUCCGUACCGCUCUCCUCUGGAUCCAGUUCGAAGAGGCCAGUGGGCAUGGGGAGCAUCCUGAAUCGCAUCGGAGCCAAAAAGCAGAAGAUGAGCACUUUGGAGAAGUCUAAGAUGGACUGGGAUGCCUUUAAAACAGAGGAGGGCAUUUCAGACGAGCUGGCAAUCCAUAAUCGAGGCAAAGAAGGGUACGUGGAGCGAAAGCACUUCCUAGAGCGAGUGGACCACCGGCAGUUUGAGUUGGAGAAGAGUGUGCGUCUGAGCAACAUGAAACGGUGACACGAGGAGAGAGCAGAUACAUUCACUGAUCAAAACACAGACUCUCAUAUUCACACACACACCCUGCAUACACUCUCAGUUGUCUUUGUCAUAUAGGUGGAAUGGCCUGUAGCCCCCCCAAAACAAAAACUGGUCUGCCUUCACAAUCUGAAUGUACAGCUCCCAUAUUGUCUUUUCCUUCUUCUGCUCUUCCUUUGUCCAAUAUUGCAUGUCCAAGUUUAUCAGGGCUUCUUUAAUAUGAAAGAGGAACAGCUCAAGAUGUUUUUCUUCUCAAGGAAUUCCUCAAAAACCAAAUUUUAUAAUUCAUUGAGGUACAUCCUAACCAUUCAGUAAGAGUGACAUUAAUGGGAAAGAAAACCUCAUUAAGAUGCACAGAUUAAACUGACUACUUUGUUCUGACAGUGAGGAUUUUUUGUAAUUGUAAACGCCCUAUAGUGAUGCUGUUUACACACAGGCAUUCAGGUAUAUUCUUUUAUUUGAUGGUAAAAUGAAAGUGCAGUUGUUUUUGUUUUUCCCAUGCGUACUUACUACUGUCUUAACAAUUUAUUUUGUUAAGAGUGGUUGUAUGGUAAUUACCCCGCCGUCAUUUUAAUCGUGUUUCACUGACAGAAAUAAAUCAUGUCAUUGAGUUUGGACACUUUCUUUUUAAA